AUGCAGACCUGAAUAUCGCACAGACGGCAUGGGCGACAGCGGUGUCUACGUCUGCUCAGUGAUUUCUUCUCAGGACCUUUCAGGAAACGGAGAAGACUACACGGAGCUUAUCGUUCUCGAGAGAAAGUCAGACACUACUGACCUCCUGCCUGAGAUUGACUUACUGAUUAUGGAAGACUGGCUCCUCGUUGUUCUGGUUGUGUUGGGCUUCCUGCUGCUGCUGCUCCUGAUCGGGAUCUGCUGGUGUCAGUGCUGUCCACACACCUGCUGCUGCUACGUCAGCUGCCCCUGCUGCCCCGACCGCUGCUGCUGCCCACGAGCGCUGUACGAGGCAGGAAAAGCAGUGAAGAAAGGUUUGCCCAAUCAGUAUGCUCCCACCAUGUAUGCUCCCAGUAUGUAUGCUCAGCCACCAUACAGUGGUCCACUUAUGAACCAGCCUGGUAUACCCCUUCUCCCUCUACCCAACGGAGCUGGCCAUGCUCCUCCUCAAAACGGUUAUGGGCGGGAAUAUGACGCCGCCAGCUCAAUUGGACAGGGCUCUCAGGUACCUCUGUUGCAUGACCCGGACAGUGGAGGAGACCACACUCGCAGUGGAUAUCGUAUCCAGGUUGACCCCGAUGGGAAUGCCACACGUGCCAUUUACUACAUGGAAAAGGAGCUGUCGAAACUGGACCCGUCAAGACCUACCAACUACAACCGCAUGGAUAACAUGAGUGAAGUCAGUUCUCUACAUGAUGUUUUGGACCCUCGAGGUCGGGGGGGCCGAUCCCAGCCGCCACCUCUGGCUACGGUUUAUGACCGGGAUGAAGCCAUGAGCACCAUCAGCAGUGUUUCCCAGCAGGGACACCGCCGUGAUGAUUACCCACCCCGAGGCGGAGGCUACAUGGGUGACCGUGCACGAGCACGCUCCAUGGACAACCUGGACGACAUCGUACGUCGUUACGGCCGAGAUGACCUCCCAGCAAACCGGCGUCCAGAUGAGCCGAGAGGCAGGAGAGGUUCAGAUGAUGGGUGGAGCAGCAGUGCCCGCAGCGGCUACGACCGCGACGUGGACGAGCGAAGGCGACGUGACUACUCCCCUGAUAACCGCCGGAGAGGAGACAGAGGGGGCUACGGCGACCUCCCAGGGAGACGCAGCCGUAGUCGUGACGAUCUGAUGGACCUGGAGAGGGAUCGGCGUCCCGGUGCCAGGGGCGGACGGGAUGAUUAUGAUGACAGCUUCCUGCGAGAAGCGAUGGAGAGGAAGAAACUGGGCGAGCAGCAGAGGGCACGCAGCAGGGAUCGACUGGACAGCGAGAGCGACCGCUCAGAUCGCGGCAGGGCGCCACGUGGACCUCCACCACUUCCUCAGAACCCGCCCGCUGGAUACCCGGGUCGCCGUGAUGACUACCCACCUCCUCCGCCUCCUCCAUACAGUGAUGAUGAAAGUAUGUCAUCAUCUAAAAAAACCAACCUCCGCAAGAACGGAGCUGUAAGUCGGGAGAGCCUGGUCGUUUAAAGACCACCACGACGUGAGCAACUCUUCCAAUACCGCAGCUUUUUAUUAACCCAAAAAGGACCGGACUGUAAAUAUUUAGACACACUGCUAAUUUGCUGAGCUGAUUUUUUUUAAAAUGUUUUUUAAUUUACACUAAACUUUGAUGCUGAAUGUGUAUGAAUGCUUUUCUAACAGAGAGGCACACAGAUGAAAUGCUGCGGGCCUUCUCGUGUAUAAAAACAUUGUGGCUGCCACAAGUGCCUUACGUUUGUACAGAAUUUAACUUGUAGAUGUGAAAGUCAGCUAGAUAGAAUAUCUCUGUAAAGGUGUUUGAAUCUUGAUGACUAGAGAUGUCCCGAUUGGUUUCAACUUUAUCGUUUUUUUUUUAUAAAUUUGAUGUAGUCUUAUUCAGCUGAUGUAGUCUUGUCUGGGUCUUUAGAUUUGUUGGCUCUUUAUAUGUGAAAAGUAAAAUGUUUUUACAAGAUAAAAACUUAAAGGAACUGAUUUUAACUUUGCUUUUAGUUAUGUAAAAGUGUGCUCAAUGUAUUUAGAAACCUGGUGAACAAUAUAGAUGUUGUUUGAGUGCUUCUUAUUAAUGUUGGUUUUUUUUCUUCUUUUUCCAAAAAAACAAAACAAUUUUUAGUUCAAACCAGAAUGAUAUUGUACAGCUAACCAGUAAAACACACUCAAAAUGUAAACGUAUUGUGAUGUGAUGAAACUCAAAUUUUACAAUAAAGUCAGUCUCCACUGUCAGUUCA